AUGAACAAGGCCUUGCGUCGAACAUCAAUGUCCGGGCUGGAGAGGACACGGAGAAUCUCCAUAGUAAGAUCAUCGAGAACACCCUCGUUGCGCUUCAUGAGCUGGUGGACACGCUCUAGCACAAUAAGCUUGACGUUGUUGUCUGCUUCCUUGAUGCAUAGUUCAAUCAACUUUGCAGCCGCAGCCUUGACAGCAACAGGAUUUGACGUCAGUGCGGUAAGGGAGGUAGCCGCCUCAUACACAACCGUGCUAGUGUUUGCGUCCAAAAGAUCAAAAAUUAACCGAAGAUAUCGCGCCUGGCCGUAUUAA